UUCAUUUUUACACAUACUAGAUAUUUUACGAGUAAUGUUAAUAAACAUUAACGAUCAGUCUAAGGAAUACAAACUACAUAUUAUACGAAUAUUUAUAAUGAAUUAAAUACAAAGGAAUAAUUUAAUUUAAUCAAUAACAAACAGCAUACUCUCAUUUAUGUAAUACAUACUCUUCGAAAGCUACGUCAAAACAUAGUACAAUCAGAAAGCGAAAGCCAAAUUUCACAGUAAAACAAUUUUUAAACAAAGUAUACGAGUAGCACACUGUGAUAUGUCAUGAAUUAUAAACCAAUAGUAGUGAAGCAUAAAUAUCAAGAUUCAAUCAUCAGUUGUAUCAAUUGACCAAUCAAAUUGAGGAAGUCUUAUUAAAUUGCAUUGCGUAAUCUACAGUUUGCCAGUUCUAUGGUGAAAUUAAUUUUUGCGGGAACUCAUUGAACAUAUUCUCGUUAUAAGUAAUGAGACAACAUCUUCUCAAAUUGCUUAAUACUGUAUAUUGUUCUGUGAUUGUAUCUUAUUUAUAAUUCACAACUGGUAAUUUUUAUUUAUAUAAAACCAUGGCUGUACAACCAAAUCAGCAAUUUCAAAUGGAUCCAGCUACUCAACAAAGUUUUAUUAGAUUUUUCAAAAAUCUACCUGAGAAACUUAAUACCACUAUACGAUUUUUCAAUAGAUCGGAUUAUUAUACAUUACACGGUAGCGAUGCUCUCUUUGCUGCUCAAGAAAUUUUUAAAACUACAUCAGUUUGUAAAAUGAUAGGCUCAGAUCCAUACAAAACCGAAGGAGUUAUUUUAAAUAAAAAUCACUUUGAAGCUUUCAUCCGUGAUUUGUUAUUAGUUAAACAAUACAGAGUAGAAAUCUAUGUCAAUCAAGGAUCAGCAAAAAAUCAGAACUGGGUAUUAGAACAUAAAGGCUCUCCUGGUAAUUUAAUUCAGUUUGAGGAUGUACUAUUUGGUAACAACGAUGUAGCUGUAACAGUACGUGUCAUAGCAGUGAAAGUAGGAAUGGAUGGGAAAUCCAGAAUGAUUGGUUUAAGCUGUGUAGAUACUACUGCAACUUUAUUUUCUGUUUGUGAAUUUCAAGAAAACGAAUCAUUUUCUAAUCUGGAAUCUCUAGUUGUUACACUUGCCCCUAAAGAAUGUUUAUUAAUUCAAGGAGAAGGUAGUUAUGAAUUUCAAACUUUGAAACAGGUGAUGGAACGAAACAAUGUAAUGGUUACUGUAAGAAAAAAAAAUGAGUUUUCCAGUGAAUCAAUCGUACAAGAUUUAAAUACUUUAAUCAAAUUCAAACACGGUCAACAGCAAAAUGUGCAGUCCUUGCCUGAAAUAAAUUUAAAUCUUGCCAUGUCAGCUACUUCUGCUCUUAUUAAGUAUUUGGAUUUAACAUCAGACGAAGGGAACUUGAAUCAAUUUAGUAUAGAUCAAAUAGAACACUCGCGGUAUUUAAAAUUAGAUGGAGCUGCUGUAAAAGCACUUAACAUUGAACCACGUGCCGAUACUGCUUCUGCAUUGAAUGGAAAUGCACCUACGAGUAUUUUAACACUUUUAGAUAAAUGUAGAACACCACAAGGUCAUAGGCUUCUGGCACAAUGGAUCAGACAGCCUCUGAAAGAUUUAUCUCUCAUUAAAGAGAGACAUGACAUAGUUGAAGCAUUGGUAAAUGACAACGAAUUGCGAUCUGGACUUAGUGAUGAUCAUUUAAGACGUAUACCAGAUUUACAGAUACUUUCAAAAAAAUUAUCCAGAAAGAAAGCAACUUUACAAGAUUGUUACAAAAUUUAUAAUAGUGUAUCAGAUCUACCAAGAUUAGUAGAAAAAUUAUCUAGUGUAAAUACAGUAGCUUUAAAAACUAUGUUUACCGAUUCAUUAACAGAACUUAUUAAUGAUAUGGAUAAGUAUCAACAGAUGGCUGAACAGACAAUUGAUUUGGAAGCUGCUGAGAAAGGAGACUUUUUAGUGCGACCAGAGUUUGAUGAUGAAUUAAAAGAAUUAAAAAGUACUAUGGAUGAAAUAGAAGAAAAAAUUAAAGCACAAUUAGGUAAAGUUGCUGCAGAUCUCUCAAUUGAAGCUGGGAAAACGGUAAAAUUGGAAUCCAAUCAGCAACUUGGCUACUAUUUUCGUGUAACAUUGAAAGAAGAAAAGGUAUUAAGGAAUAAAAAACAGUACACUAUUUUGGAUUCAAAUAAAGGUGGUGUACGAUUUCGAAGCAAUAAACUCAUUGAUUUAAACGACGAUUACAUUGCAUGCAGAGACAAGUAUACGGCAGAACAGAAAAAAGUUGUAGCAGAAAUAAUGGAGAUUGCAGCUGGCUACAGUGGACCUAUAAAAAUGAUUGGAAAUGUGUUGGCUUCCCUCGAUGUACUUACUGCUUUUGCUUCUGCUGCUGUAAGUGCAAAUAGACCUUAUGUCCGCCCCGAUAUGCUACCUAGUGAAACGGGUGAAUUAAAUCUUGUCCAAGUUCGACAUCCGUGCUUAGAAGUUCAAGAAGGGGUAGAUUAUAUAGCUAAUGAUGUUAAUUUUAAAAGAGGAGAAUACCAUUUCUGUAUAAUAACUGGUCCUAAUAUGGGAGGUAAAAGCACAUACAUAAGAUCUGUUGGUGUCGCCGCGCUAAUGGCACAUAUUGGAAGUUUUGUUCCCUGUGACGAAGCAAAAAUAUCAUUACUGGAUUGUAUAUUAGCCCGUGUAGGUGCUGAUGAUUCACAAUUAAAAGGACUUUCCACAUUCAUGAUGGAAAUGAUCGAAACUGCUGCUAUACUAAAGACAGCUACUUCUAACUCUCUUGUAUUAAUUGAUGAGCUAGGAAGAGGUACAUCAACUUACGAAGGUUGUGGUAUAGCGUGGUCAAUUGCUGAGUACUUAGCAAAAAGUAUAAAAUGCUACUGUCUUUUUGCAACACAUUUCCAUGAAAUUACUAAAUUGGAAGAUGAAAUAACCGCUGUUAAGAACCAACAUGUUACUGCUCUUGUUGACAAUAAUAAGCUAACUUUAUUAUACAAAAUAAAACCAGGCGUCUGCGAUCAAAGCUUCGGAAUACAUGUUGCAAAAAUGGCUAAUUUUCCACCAGAAAUCAUUGAGUUCGCUAAGCAGAAACAAACUGAACUUGAAGAUUACCAGGGUUCAGUUUUUGAAGGCUCUGAUAAUCCACAAGAGAAACAAAAAAUUAUUAAGGAAGCUGAAGAACUUAUUAAAGGAUUUAUUAAUAAGUGCAGAACAUUAGAUAAAACUUUAUCUGAUGAAGAGUUGAAAAACAAAAUCUCAACAUACAAAGAAGAAGUUCUUUCUCACAAAAAUCCUUAUAUAGACGCACUACUUGUUGCUUCAUGAAUAAAAAUGUGAUUAAUUAAAAUUUUUAAGAUAACAGCCAGUAUUAAAUGUACAAACAGUAUUUUGUCAACAUAAUAAGGUAUAGUGU